CUAGUGUCCUUCGAGUAUUUCAGGUAUUGGCCGAGUGACUUGAUGUACAUGAUUUUCUGUCUUUUGUAGCCCCUCGGCUUUUUCCUACGACAUUCGCCCGCUUCAUACGUUCAAGAUGGGAUCUAUCGAUUUGGCAGAGUUGCCCGCUAUGAAGAGCGACCCCAAGUUCAUUUUCUUCACCGACUUCGACGGCACAAUCACACUUCAAGACUCAAAUGACUUCAUGACCGACAACAUCGGCUAUGGCCAGGAAAAGAGGCGCGCAGGCAACAUUGCCUGCCUCAACAACGAAAUCUCCUUCCGCGACUCCUUCCGCGACAUGAUGGACAGCGUCACACGGCCCUACGAUCAAUGCAUCAAGUACCUUGUCGACAAUAUCAAGCUAGACCCAGGCUUCAAGGCCUUCUUCGAGUGGUCGCUCGAGAACAACAUUCCCGUUGUAGUCCUGAGUUCGGGCAUGGAACCUAUUAUUCGCGCGCUGCUUGAGAAGCUUGUCGGGCCCAGCGCAAGCAAGAUGCAGGUUCUGGGUAACUACGUGGGUCCUCGCGAGGGCAAGAGCAUCAACGAAGAGGGCGGAUGGCAGAUUCUGUUCAAGCACCCGGACUCGGGUUUCGGCCACGACAAGUCAAUUGAGCUGCGCAAGUACUCGUCGCUCCCCGAGAACGUGCGCCCGACUAUGUUCUACGCUGGCGACGGUGUGUCAGAUUUGUCGGCUGCGCGCGAGACAGAUCUGCUUUUCGCGAAGAAGGGACAUGAUCUGAUUAGCUACUGUGCUCGCGAAGAUGUCCCCUUUACGGUCUUCAAGGAUUGGUCCGAUAUCCUGGCCAAGUGCAAGAGCAUUGUCGAGGGCAAGACGACAGUCCAGGCUGCGGCCAAGGAAGGCUAUGAAGCGUACAAAAAGGGCGAGGCUGGCCUCAAGAAGUAGAUGGCGGACUUGUGGGGAAGGAUUUAACUGGAGAGACGGAAAAGCUCUCAUUAUCCGGUUUCCAUGUUGCGGCGCAGCUGGUUUCCAGACAUUCUCAUGCUUCCCCUUUUUCCAGGCGGAUCGCUCCAGAUGUGAUGCCCGCGGUAGUAGCUGUAGCGUUGUUGUGAGCGGCCCACAUGUGUGGGGAGGAGGAGGAAGCGAUACGGUCUCGCAGGUGACUGCGACAAACGCAAACGUCUUUACACGAUCAAACAGGACGAUAGACAUGAUUUACACGAUAGACUAUAGAAACCCACAAUUUCAGUUUACACAUGAAAAUUUAGUUUUUGGCAUAAGAAUACACCGGUUUGUCUACAUUAUC